GGGACCGGGCAGCAGGCCUGGCGCGGGGCACGCAGUCGCCUUGGGCGGCGUGAGGGUCUCGAGGGUGGUGACCCACCAAGCCCCAGAGGCCCGCACCCACCAUGGUCCCCGGCUGGAACCAUGGCAACAUCACCCGCGCCAAGGCCGAGGAGCUGCUCUCCAGGGCGGGCAAGGAUGGGAGCUUCCUCGUGCGCGCCAGCGAGUCCAUCCCCCGGGCCUAUGCCCUCUGCGUGCUGCACCGGAACUGUGUUUACACGUACAGAAUCCUGCCCAAUGAAGAUGAGAAGUUCACUGUUCAGGCCUCGGAGGGCGUCCCCAUGAGGCUCUUCGCGAAGCUGGACCAGCUCAUCGAGUUUUACAAGAAGGAAAACAUGGGGCUGGUGACCCACCUACAGUACCCGGUGCCGCUGGAGGAGGAGGACGCAGCCGAAGACCCUGAGGAAGACAUGGAGAGCGCCGUGUCCCCGCCGGAGCUGCCACCCAGAAACAUCCCUCCGCCCGCCGGUCCCUGCGACGCCAAGGAGCCCCCUCCCCCUCCAGCCGAGGGCCCCCGAGGGAGCGAGGGCAGCCGGCCCGGCCUCGCCGAGACCCUGCUUCAGCGGCUGCAGAGCACGGACACCAGUGGGCUCCCCGAAGAGCACCUGAAAGCCAUCCAGGAGUACCUGAGCACGCAGCUCGCCCUGGACUCGGACUUGGUGAAGACGGGCUCCAGCAGCCUCCCUCACCUGAAGAAACUCACCUCACUGCUGUGCAAGGAGCUGCAUGGGGAAGUCCUCCGGACUCUGCCUUCCCUGGAGUCGCUGCAGAGGCUGUUUGACCAGCAGCUGUCCCCGGGUCUCCGCGCCUCGCGUCCUCAGGUGCCAGGCGAGGCCAAUCCCAUCACCAUGGUGGCCAAGCUCAGCCAACUGAUGGGGCUGCUGUCCUCCAUUGAAGAUAAGGUCAAGGCCUUACUGCACGAGGGCUCGGAGUCUCCGCAUCGGCGUUCCCUCAUCCCUCCAGUCACCUUUGAGGUGAAGUCAGAGUCGCUGGGAAUUCCUCAGAAGAUACACCUCAAAGUGGACGUGGAGUCCGGGAAACUGAUUGUGAAGAAGUCCAAGGAUGGGUCUGAAGACAAAUUCUACAGCCACAAGAAAAUCCUACAACUCAUCAAAUCACAGAAGUUUCCCAACAAGCUGGUGAUUAUGGUGGAGACAGAAAAGGAGAAGAUCUUACGGAAGGAAUAUGUCUUUGCUGAUUCCAAAAAGAGAGAAGGUUUCUGCCAGCUCCUGCAGCAGAUGAAGAACAAGCACUCGGAGCAGACAGAGCCGGACAUGAUCACCAUCUUCAUCGGCACCUGGAACAUGGGUAACGCCCCCCCUCCCAAGAAGAUCACGUCCUGGUUUCUCUCCAAGGGGCAGGGGAAGACGCGGGACGACUCGGCGGACUACAUCCCCCACGACAUCUACGUCAUAGGCACCCAGGAGGACCCCCUGGGGGAGAAGGAGUGGCUGGAGACCCUCAGACACUCCCUUCAGGAGAUCACCAGCAUCACGUUCAAAAUGGUGGCCAUCCACACGCUCUGGAACAUCCGUAUCGUGGUGCUCGCCAAGCCGGAGCAUGAGAACCGCAUCAGCCACAUCUACACAGACAACGUGAAAACGGGCAUCGCCAACACCCUGGGGAACAAGGGAGCUGUGGGCGUGUCGUUCAUGUUCAAUGGCACCUCCUUGGGGUUUGUUAACAGCCACUUGACUUCUGGAAGUGAAAAGAAACUCAGGCGAAACCAGAACUAUAUGAACAUCCUGCGGUUCCUGGCCCUGGGAGACAAGAAGUUGAGUCCGUUCAAUAUCACUCACCGCUUCACCCACCUCUUCUGGCUCGGGGACCUCAAUUACCGCGUGGAUCUGCCCACCUGGGAGGCAGAAGCCAUCAUCCAGAAGAUCAAGCAGCAGCAGUUUGCAGAUCUGCUGGCCCACGACCAGCUGCUCACGGAGAGGAGGGAGCAGAAGGUUUUCCUGCACUUUGAAGAGGAAGAGAUCACCUUUGCACCCACCUACCGAUUUGAAAGGCUCACUCGGGACAAAUAUGCCUACACCAAGCAGAAAGCCACGGGGAUGAAGUACAACCUGCCUUCCUGGUGUGACCGUGUGCUCUGGAAGUCCUACCCACUGGUGCACGUACUGUGUCAAUCCUACGGCUGCACCAGUGACAUCAUGACCAGCGAUCACAGCCCUGUAUUUGCCACGUUUGAGGCAGGCGUCACCUCCCAGUUUGUCUCCAAGAACGGGCCGGGCACCACGGACAGCCAGGGGCAGAUCGAGUUCAUCUCGUGCUGUGCCACGCUGAAGACCAAGUCCCAGACCAAGUUCUACCUGGAGUUCCACUCGAGCUGCUUGGAGAGUUUUGUCAAGAGUCAGGAGGGAGAGAAUGAAGAGGGACAUGAAGGCGAGCUGGUGGUGAGGUUUGACGAGACCCUUCCCAAGCUGAAGCCCAUCAUCUCUGACCCCGAGUACCUGCUGGACCAACACAUCUUGAUUAGCAUUAAAUCCUCGGACAGUGAUGAAUCCUACGGUGAGGGCUGCAUUGCCCUUCGCUUAGAGGCUACGGAGACUCAGCUGCCCAUCUACACAUCUCUCACCCACCACGGAGAGAUGACGGGCCACUUCCGAGGGGAAAUCAAGCUGCAGACUUCGCAGGGCAAGACGAGGGAGAAGCUGUAUGACUUUGUAAAGAUGGAGAGAGAUGAGUCCAGUGGGACCAAGAGCCUGAAGAGCCUCGCCAGCCACGAUCCCGUGAAGCAGUGGGAGCCUCCCAGCAGGGCCCCUCCAAGUGGUGCCUCCGGUGUCACCGAGAUAAUCAACCCCAGCUACAUGGGCGUGGGACCCUUCGGGCAGCCCCUGCACGGGAAGCAGACCCUGUCUCCUGACCAACAGCUCACAACCUGGAGCUACGACCAGCAAACCAAGGACCCCUCCCUUGGGUCCGGAAGAGGAGAGGGUCCCCCCACCCCUCCCUCCCAGCCACCCCUAUCACCCAAGAAGUUUUCAUCUUGCACAGUAAACCGGGGUCCCUGCUCCAGAGCACAGGAGACAAGCUGCAGGUCCGCUGAGGCUCAGCUGCAGGAGCCGCCGCCGCUGACCAAGCCGGAGAUGUUUGAGAACCCACUGUAUGGGUCUGUGAGUUCCUUCCCUAAGCUGGCAACCAGGAAAGAGCAAGAGCCCCCCAAGAUGCUGCCCAAAGAGCCCCCACCCUGCCCGGACCCAGGCAUCCCCUCACCCAGCAUCUUGCUCACCAAAGCCCAGGAGACGGAGGGCAGCAAGGUGAUCAGCAGGCAAGCCCCCACGCCCUUCCUCAGCCCCGCGCCCAGGCUCCGCUCCUUCACCUGCUCGUCCUCCGCCGAGGGCAGCCAAGGGAAGCCCAAGGUCCCGGCCGUCUCCCAAGUCCCGGUGCCGGCCAAGAGGCCCAUCAAGUCUUCCAGGUCAGACAUGAGCCAGCAGGGGACGCCCACCCCAGCGCCCCGGCCUCCGCUGCCCGUCAAGAGCCCUGCAGUCCUGCAGCUGCAGCACUCCAAGGCCCGGGACUACCGUGACAACACGGAGCUGCCGCACCACAAGCACCGGCCUGAAGACGGGGGUACUUGGCAGGACCGCCAUGCAGUGAAGCCCUCAGUGAGCAGAGGCCGUGGAGCCCAGAGGAGCCACAGGAGCCAAUGACAGCCUCCCCCGGGGUCCUCCUGGCUCCUCC